AUGUCGGAACCACCAUUUAGACCACGAGAGAAACUUAUUGAGAAGCAGAAGUAUUUUCAGAGUGUUCAUAAACCCACAUACUUGAAAGGGCCAUAUGAUAAGAUUACAUCUGUUGCAAUACCGCUUGCUUUGGCUGCAUCUUCAUUGUAUCUGAUUGGACGAGGGAUCUACAACAUGUCACAUGGAAUAGGAAAGAAAGAAUGACUUACAAUUCUGAUUGAUGAGGUGGGUGUUUUGCAGCACAAGUCUCAUUGAUCGUCCUAAAUAUUUACCAC